AAGGCAUCAGCGGUGUACCAGCUGUGGUGUGUGAUAUUGAGAGGUCAUACAUUCUCAAAAAACAGAGGAAUAUAAGCAGGGAGCAAGGAUGUCUGGAGAGUUGUCUCUAAACAUAGACAUUAAAGAGCCAAGAUGGGACCAAGGCACAUUCAUGGGGCGCGCCAAGCACUUCUUCAUGGUCACAGAUCCCAGGAACGUUCUACUGUCCUCCGACACUCUGGAGGAAGCCAGGGUGAUCGUGGAGAACUACAGAGCUGGGACUGCGAAGCCCGGCUUGACAGAGGAUGAGCUUUGGAGAGCCAAGUAUGUCUAUGAUUCUGCCUUCCACCCCGACACGGGGGAGAAGAUGUUUGUGAUUGGCAGGAUGUCUGCUCAGGUGCCAGUGAACAUGUCCAUCACAGGCAGCAUGCUCACCUUCUACAGGACCACUCCAGCAGUUGUGUUUUGGCAGUGGGUUAACCAAUCUUUCAACGCUGUCGUCAAUUACACCAACCGCAGUGGAGAUGCUCCCAUGACCGUGAACCAACUAGGUGUAGCUUACGUUAGUGCCACUACUGGAGCCGUAGUCACAGCCCUGGGACUCAAGUCUCUAGCCACGCGCCUCCCUCCAAUCGUAAGCCGUUUCGUCCCUUUUGCUGCCGUUGCUGCAGCAAACUGUAUCAACAUUCCCUUCAUGAGACAGAGGGAGUUGAAGUUUGGUAUCCCGGUGACGGAUGAGAAUGGAAACAGGUUAGGGGAAUCUGUUAAUGCUGCCAAACAAGCCAUCGUGCAGGUGGUGGUGUCGAGGAUCGGCAUGGCAGUGCCUGCAAUGGCAAUCCCCCCAGUUAUAAUGAAUGCACUGGAGAAGAGAGCUUUCAUGAAGCGGUUCCCAAUUCUAAAUGCUCCGGUCCAGGUGGGGCUCGUUGGUCUGUGCCUGGUGUUUGCAACUCCUCUGUGCUGUGCCCUGUUCCCUCAGAAAAGCUCUAUGAAUGUGAGCAGCCUGGAAGCAGAUCUGCAGGAGAGGAUACGAAAGACAAGUUCUCACAUCACCACCGUCUACUUCAACAAGGGCCUGUAGACACAGUCAACACACCUCAGUGCAAACACACACACUCACACACACACAGACACACACAGACACACACGUCUGUUGUUAAGGGCACAAGAGGGAGGGCAAAACUACAUAUUUAUGCUUUUUUGUUUUGUUAUACUGCUGCAUUUGUUUUUGGGAUUUGAUUGUGUAAAGCUGCUCCCACUCUAAAACUAUUGGGUCUUGAUUAUUUGGAAAAAAAGGACUCAUUGGUGGGAUGGAUGAAACACUUAAAGAGGAAGUAUCAUCUACAUAGAGAGUGCUACCUUAGGUGAAAAAAAACAAACAAACAACCUAUUAUUUUAUUUUAUUUUGUGGCAUUUUUUGUCUUCCAUUGGUCAAAAUUACAAAUUGUGCAGCAUUUGAUGGUUACUAAUUUGUGUUUUGCUUACUCGUGUUAUAGGCUACAUUCAGGUUCUAGUCCGUAUACAUAUUUCUAGUGUAAAGUUAAGGCGUCAUGCUUGUUGAAGUUAUGUAUGUAUCCACUUCUGAAUGUAACUCAGUCUUCUUAGCAAUUUUUCUCCACUUUUUAAACCAUUGCUCAGUGAGAAUAUUCUUUUUUGGAUAGAAACAUUAUUUAAUGUUUUAUAGUAACUAUGUCAUGGUCCAAAAUCACUCAUCAUAUACUGUGUAGUGAGUUCACCGUUUUGUAGUGCUGUCUGGAUAUAUAGUGAGAUUUUAUGUACAUUUGAAGUGGACUCAGAGUAUCUUACAAUGAUCCGUGAGAAGUAUUGACCAGAACGCAUCGCACCAAAAACAAGAUGGCUUACAAUCAGCUCGACCUCCAACAAAACCAAAAAAUGUCAAGACAAAUACGUGCAUGUCAGUCACUGAGAAAAUGAACCAUUAUGUCUAAAGAUGCUCUUUCAUCAUGAUGAUCAGCUCACUUUUUAGUCUGUUACACGCCGUGAAUGCGUGAGUGAUUUUGGACAUAUGAAUAAGGUUUAAAUAGUUACCUCAAUUUUUUUUUAAACUGUUGUGUAGUUGCACAAAAAAGAGAAAAAAGUUUAGUAGCUCUAAAUAAUAUACUGUCAUUAACUAGUGCAGCUUCUCACUCUUUCCAACUUUCCUUUAAGUGUACUUACACUCCUUUAUAUUCUCACACAAGAUAAUGGGAUGCUCGAUACGUUGCAGCUAAAAGUGUAUUUAGAGUAUGGUAGAUAUAAAAAAAUUUAAAAGCCGGGUUAAACCAAAAUAAAUGAUUUAAAAACUUUUCCCACGUUUAAUGUGACCUAAAACCUGUACAAUUCUGUUAAAAAAAACAAGCAAAAUCCUUUAGUAGAAAAAAAUAAUAAAAAAAAACAUAAGCUGUUUGCAUAAGUGUGCACACCCUGAAACUAAUACUAUGUUAAAGGCCCUUUUUAUCUAAUCACAGCAUCCAUUCUUCUUUGGGUACACACCUGCCAUCAAUCAAAGAGGCUCUUUCACCGCAAAUAACGUUCAGCUGUGCUAGGAGGAUUUUCUUGACAUUUACUUAGUUACCCGCUGCAGCAAAGCCGUGCAUUUCAAAGCAUCAAAGAGAUCUCGCUGUUGCAACAUAUCAGUCAGGAUAGGAAGGAUACAGUUUCACAGCAAUGCAAUUCCAAAAGGUGCAUUUGGUGCAAAAAUAACCUCUUUGCAACACUGUACCCAUGCAUGGGGGGGGUGGUAUCAUGCUUUGGGGUUUGUUUUCUUCAGCUGGAACUGGGGUUUAGUGAAGGAGGAGGGAAUCACAAACAGUUCCAAAAACCAGUCACUCUUCACCCAAAACCUUCAGACAUUUCCUAGAAAGCUGAAGCUGAAGCUGAAGAUGAAGAAGGAUUUUCACACUGACAAGAGUUAUACGUCACAUAAAAGGAGGGAAAAGUUUUGAAAUGAUUUAUUGUGGUCUCAAUCUUUAAUAUCACAAAACCUGGGAUUUUGACAGGGGGGUGUACACUUUUUAUAUCUAUUGUAUUUGGACAUGAUUUUGCAAAAACUCAAAAAGCACUGCUGUUGAAGGUCAUUUUUCAUGGGUGUCUUUGCUGAAGAAUUUAUCCCAGUGUUGUACGUCUUGUGCAAAAGUGUGUGUAUGUGUAUAUAUAAGAAUAAAAUAAUGUGUUGUCUGCACACUUUACUGAGCGCAAGGAGGUGAAAGAACUGCAGUUAUCUGAUAGGAAAUUCACCUUGAACCUAAUCACGCGUUUAAAAGCAAUGUAGAUGGCAGUAACAGUAAUGUUAUAUUGCGCUCAUAUGAUGACAGAUUUUUUUGUUUUUCAUUUUUUCAACCAUUGUGGUCGCAGGGUUUUAUUUACAAAAUUGAGCUCGACAUCUGUUAAAACCAUUUGAGCCAUCAAUGUACUGUUGUACCAAAUAAAACUAGUAUAUGUCAUGGAAAAGAGUCCAAAUACUUAUGCAAUUGAUGCUGGUGUGGUAGGCAGGCAGUUGUGUGCAGAGUAGUUACUUUAUUUAAGUGAGCAGAUUGAUUGAGUUUGAGCGCCUUUGAUCAAAAUCAUUCAUGUGGUUGUACAAGCUCACUGAGCUCUUGACUAUCCAAGUUAAUUAGAUCGUGUUGAAAGACCAGAAUUUAUCCCAGCAUUGAAUGUCUUGCAAAAGUAUAUCCACAGAACAUAUAUAUAUAUAUAAAUUUGAUGUAUUUUUUUCUAUACACAGUGCAAAUGAUGUAUGAUAUAUAUAUAUAUAUAUAUAGCACAUAUGCAUGAGGGGUUUAGUAAGCCAGAUGGCCCCCUAUACAGUAUGCAAAUGAAGGAUGUUAAGGCCAGCUGAUUGUGCUGCAGGAGAGAUGAGUUGCUGCAGAUUGAGUGUUCCUCUUGCUGUGGGGUUAAUACGUCCUCACAGUAAAGAAGUGAGCUUCUGUUUGAACUCAUCUUGCUGCAGAAGAUGCAGUCACAAAUUAAAGACAGUGAUUCAGUGUUGUGCAAUGUGAUGGGUUUUUUUGGGGGGGUACCUCAGAACCUGUAACCGGUAACCUGCAAAGCAGAUUUACAUUUGCUAGCGGUCCCUAGAUGGCCCUUCUACGUUAGGUAUCUCUGUUAAAACACAAAAAAGGUCUCACACUAAGAUUAUAUAGGUCAUGGUUGUAGUGAAAUUAAACUGCUUGAAACAGUUUUUUUCAAUUUGUAGGUGUGCAUUUACAGCGAACAGAUUGUUGAAGUUAUCGCAACACUUUUGUACAGACAGAAAUGUAUUAACUUGUAUUUUGCCAUCCAAAAACCACAAGUAUGUGGACUUUCACAAAUGGAUCUCUUUGUUUGGAAACUUCACCUUCCUGCUGCCUUUUUACUCUCCAUUAAUCUUCAUAUCAAUACAUUAACAUUUAAUCCUUUCACGUCUCAACCAUGCGAAGAGGCAGCAUUGAUCCCAUUUGCUUUCAACACAAACUCAUAAAAUCACCAGCACUGCAGGACAGUGUUUGAUGGAGCAUAGAUGCAUUUUAAAAGCAUAAAUUCAAGAUGAUCUUUAUAGUGUUGGAUGGUGCCGGAUUAACUGGUUGUGAAACUGCUGAAUUGUAAUUCUUUCAUAGUUUAACAACUUUCAAUACUUAAAACCAACAAGCCCAAUUUCUGCUUUUUUCCCUUUUGUUUCCUCAUGUGUAAUCGUCUAUAUCAAACUUACAGGUUUGAAACAGCAUGCAACAUUUGUAAACAUCUUCUCAGCAUAUUACUGUACUGUACCAGCGUGACCUGCCGCGCCCAGGCAUCUAGCCAAAGAUGAGACGGGUAUGAAUUGUACAGAAGUGAGUAGAGGAAGUGCAUAGCUGUUAAUGUUUUUUGUUCCUGCUUUAGUCUUUGCUAUAAUUUUCUCAUGCAAAACUUUUCUUUUACAAGCAGUACUCGGCACACCACAUUUCAAAGAACAUCCUAAAGCACAAUCAAGAAUACAAAAAAAUAUUUAAUCGAACAUAUAAAAUGUCUCAAAAUGCAUUUUACUGAAACAUUUUUCCAUUUACAAUGAUUAACAAACUCACAAAUGUAAGGACAAUCUUUGUUCUUGUUUUGUUUUUUGUUUAUUUUGGUUGUGCUUCUUCAACUCGCAGACCUGUAUACAUGUCAGUAUUGUCUUUUUGUUUGUUUUUUCUCCCACUGUUUUGUAUCGUUUGAAAUAUGCUUUCUUGAUGUGAAAUGUAUUUUACUCAGAGCAAUAGAAUAAAAUGUGUAACUUGAAUGCCCAA